CCGUGUAAUACCAGCUUUUCUUCUUGUAAGGACAGUAUUUAUUUGUUUCAAUCCUUUUCCUAAUAAUAAUCGUCUUCGUUUCUUCAUCAUUUUGCUCCAGUAUUCACUAUUGAACAUCAAUGGAGAGUGAAAGUCCUAAGCUUCACAUGUUCUUUUUUCCCUUCAUGGCUCACGGCCACAUUAUUCCAUUUGUGGACAUGGCCAAGCUGUUCGCAGCACGAGGGGUCAAAAUCACAGCCAUCACCACUCAGGCCGAUGCACCUCUCUUCUCAAAAGCAAACCAAAGAAUCAAGAAUUUGGGUACCCAAAUCGACAUCAAGAUAAUCAAAUUUCCUUCUGUGGAGGUCGGAUUGCCGGAGGGUUGUGAAAAUGUUGAUGCUAUCACUAAUUCCGGUCAACCAAGCUCUGAAUCGAUCAUGAAAUUUUUCGAAGCUACAGUAAUGCUCCAGGAACCGCUUGAGGAGUUACUGGGAAAAUAUAAACCGGAUUGCCUGGUAGCCGAUAUGUUCUUUCCUUGGGCCACUGAUGCUGCAGCCAAAUUUGGGAUCCCCCGGUUGGUGUUUCAUGGAACUGGAUUCUUUGCUUUGUGUACAAUAUCAUCCAUGAUGUUAUAUGAGCCACAUAAGAAAGUUUCUUCAGAUUCUGAACAAUUUCUCGUGCCUAAUCUUCCUGAUGAAAUCAAGUUCUCAAGAAAGCAACUUCCACUUUCUAUGAAACAAGAUGGCGAAACUUUUCUAAGCAAGUUGUUCAAAGAAAUGGGAGCAUCAGAGUUAAAGAGCUAUGGUGUUAUUGUCAACAGCUUUUACGAGCUUGAGCCGGCUUAUGCUGAUCAUUACCGGAAAGUUUUGGGAAGGAGGGCGUGGCAUGUCGGCCCUGUUUCGCUAUGUAAUCGGAGUUUAGAAGAUUUAGCUUCCAGGGGAAAGCAAGCCUCCAUUGAUGAACAGGAGUGCUUGAAAUGGCUGAAUUCAAAGGAGCCAAAUUCUGUUGUUUAUGUGUGUUUUGGAAGUGUUGCUAACUUUUCUUCUGCUCAAUUGAUGGAGAUUGCAAUGGGGCUUGAAGCUUCAGGGCAGAGCUUCAUAUGGGUUGUGAGGAAGGACAAAAAGGGUGAAGAAGAAGGGAAAGAAGAUUGGUUGCCUGAAGGAUUUGAGAAGAGAAUGGAAAGCAGAGGACUAAUAAUAAGAGGAUGGGCACCCCAAGUUUUGAUUCUUGAUCAUGAAGCAGUGGGAGGAUUUGUGACACAUUGUGGAUGGAAUUCAACGCUUGAAGGAGUGAGCGCUGGAGUGCCCAUGGCGGCAUGGCCAGUGUCAGCCGACCAGUUUUACAAUGAAAAGUUAUUAACUCAGGUUCUUAAGAUCGGUGUUAGCGUUGGAAUUCAGCAAGCAGCUAUGCUAUUUGGCGAUUAUAUUAAGAGGGAAGCGGUGGAAAAGGCUGUGGAAGCCAUAUUAACGAGUGAUGAGGCAAAGGAAAUGAGGAGCAGAGCCAAGGCACUUGGGGAGAUGGCAAAGAGAGCUGUUGAAGAAGGAGGUUCAUCUUACUCUGAUUUGAAUGCUUUGAUUAAAGAACUGAGUUUACGCGACCAUUGAAGCACAAAGGAAGAAGCUGCCUUGUUUUGUGUUAAUUCGUAUCUUGUUUGUAUUUUCUUUUACAUUUAGUUCAAGAAGUGAUCUCCCUGGCCUUUCAGACGUAUGCAUCACUUCUGGGCCUCUGGCCCAUUUCUAAAUAGUCUUUUAUAAAUUAAUUCUAUUGUCCAACAUAUAAAUUUUAAUUUCCUGAA